AUGAACGAAAAUGUUAUAAAUAAAAAUAAUAAUAAUAAUAAUAAUAAUAAUAAUAAUAAUAAUAAUAAUAAUAAUAAUAAUAAUAAUAAUAAUAAUAAUAAUAAUAAUAAUAAUAAUAAUAAAUUAAAUAGUUUAGUUUUUAUUGAUUUAAUCGAAUAUUUAUUAUAUGAACAAUCAUUUGAAAGGAUAUUAGAUGUUAGUUUAUUAAAUAAAUUUAUAUUUAAAAAUGUUCAACAAAUAAUAACAAAUAAACAACAAUCAAUAAAAUUCUUUCCAGAAAUGGAAAGUUUAUUAUUAUUUAUAAAUCCAAAUCACGAUGAAAAUAUAGAAAGUUUACAACAAAAUGAUUGUGUAGGCGAAUAUAGACUUAAAUUAAUUCAAUAUAAAGAAAUUGGAAAUCUAUACACUCAAUUUUUUGGAAAAAUUAAAUUUUUUCAUGAUAAUAAUUUUAAUGUUGGAAUUCCAAAGAGUAUCUAUAUUGAUAGUGAAGGUGAUGGAAAGGAAAUAGACCCAAAAGAAGUUCAAACCAUACUAAAUUGUAAAUCAAUAAAGAAAAUAAAGUAUAUAAAUAAUCAAACACCAUCAACAUUUUUUAAAGAAUCAAUAUAUUCAACAACAACACCAUCAUUAUUGAAUAAUGAUUGUGAAUCUCUAUCAAAGACAUUGAUUCAUAAAAGGAGAUAUGAAUUAAUUGUUCAAUUGUUAAUAAAUAGUCACGUUUCAGCAUCAAAAUUAAAAGAAUUAGUCAUUAUGGCAUCACUAAGAAAUGAAUUUAUUAUUAAAAUUGAUAACACAUGUUUUUUAGAACCAUUGAUUGGAAAUACUACAUUGACAACAUUGGAAGGGUAUACUAGAAAUCCAAUUAAUGAUAUUACACAAUCUUCAAUUACAUUAUCACCAUUAAUCAAUUUACCAACAAUUACAACAUUACAUUGUGAAUUAUAUUCUUUAUUUACAUUCCUUCAACAUUGUAAAGAAAAUUCAAAUAUUAAACAUUUAGUUAUUUCAAGCAUUUUUUAUUUCUCUAAAAGAAAAUGUGGUUCAGAUCGUUUUAUUGAUGAUGAAAUUCAAUUCCUUUAUGAUUUUUUAAAACAUAAUAAAUCUUUACAGUACUUAGAAAUUAAAUUAGAAAAAGUAAAAGAAAAAUGGGAUCUUUUUGAUAAUAAUAAUAAUAAUCAAUUUGAUAAAAUAUUAAGUUUUUUUAAAAAUAGUAAUAUAAAAACAUUAAAACAGUUGUACUAUUAG